AUGAUAUCAUCAAAUAAUAAUAAUAAUAAUAACAAUAAUAAUAGUUCAUCAUCCUUACCAUCAACAAUUUUGUCAUAUAAGAUAUUAUUAGAACAUAAUAAAAUGUUACAAGAAGAUAUUCGACGUUUACGAGAUGAAAAUGAGUAUCUUAAAAACAAAUUGAUGUCUAAGCCAACAGAUGAUGCA